AUGGGCUUACUAGAUUUUGGCUUCGGUCUGGCGCCGUUGAGCGGUGUCAUCUACGUCAUCGCAAGCUCCGUUUACCUCCUCUACUUCCAUCCAGCCUCCAAGUUCCCCGGCUCAAAAUUCUCGGCCGUCUCGUAUGUCCUGUACUGCUCCGCCUCGAUACAUGGGCGGUAUCCAUAUCCGCAUUCCCCCAACGAGGUGCUCUUCUACACGCCACAGGCGGCCAUGGACAUUUACAGCCCCGCCGUACGCAACCAGGAGCUGUUUGUCAAGACAGACCUCAUGGACUUUGGGGCUGGUGACCUGGGGUUCAUUUGGGAGUCGGACCCGGCCAAGCGCAAAGCUAUGGCCAAGAAGAUCUUGCCGGCCUUUAGUGCCAAGGCCAUCAAGGAGAAGGAGCCCCUCGUUCACCACCAAGAGCUGACCAAGGUCAAGGACGGCAAGACGUCCGAUGCUGUCGAGAUGAUCCGCCAGUCCAGCUUCGCCGGCAACCUUUUCCAGCUGUCGCAAGAAAUCCCUAUCAUCGCGCUCGCGGCCACCUCCUUCGUGCCGCUGCGAGUGCUUCGGCUGAUCCUGGCAGUGCUGAGGGCCAACGCGGCCGAGGUCAAGGCGCGCAUCGACAAACGCGGCAAAGCCAAGCACCGUGACUUUAUGGACCACACGAUUGAACCAGAGGGUCCGCCACCGGCAACCGAGAAGGAGCUCGUGCACGUCGAGCAGGUGACGUUCCAGAUGUUCAUCGCCAGCUUCGACCCCGUGCAGAUUACCUUCCACGCCGUGCUCUCCUUUACUCUCAAGCAUCCCAAGACGUAUGCCAUCCUGACCAAGGAGAUUCGCGACGCCUUCGCCACCUAUGACGACAUGACCCCGGAGACUCUCACCCACCUCAAGCACCUGCACGCCUUCAUCUACGAGACUCUGCGCUUUCAUCUGACCACACCCACUGGCAUGCCUCACAUCAGUCCGGGAGCUACUGUCGACGGCGUCUACGUGCCCAAGGUUGUCGUCGUACAGCUAAGCAACUUUACAGCGACGCGCCACGAACGCCACUUUGCCGACCCGCUUGACUUCCGCCCAGAGCGCUGGCUGCCGUCAGACCACGCAUUAUAUGACAAGCGAUACGCGGGUGACAACCUCGAGGCAUUCUUCCCCUUCAGCUUAGGCCCGCGCCAGUGCUCCGGGCAGGCCAUCGCGUGGUCGCAGACGCGCAUGUUUCUGGGCAAGGUGCUGUGGACGUUUGAUCUCGAGGGCGUGCGCGGGCACGAGUUUUCGUUUGAUCGGGAUUUCUCCGUGCAUAUGUUGUGGAAUAGACCCGAAGUGGGGCCAAGGUUUCUUCCUCGCCGUUGACUAGUAUUUGCAGAGUGUGUGAAGGGCCGUCGGGAAACACAAGGUAGCCUUGGCUAGAUAGUCGUCUCUUCUGUCCUUCUGUACUGCCAACCACAACCUUGCCAAGUCGUGAGAACUUCAAAAAUUACCCAAGGUUUUUGACUACUAUACACAGACUGGAGACAGCAAAAGCGAAUUAUUAACAGGCCUCAGUCGGUUGGUUAUACCAGGUCUAGGUACGAAAACAGCCUUUGACUGAUGUGAAAAUCAACGAACCAGACUCGCCGCGACAUGCAAAAUAAGCUAGAUGC